AUGAAUGCAAUCAAUGCAUUCAAUUCUCAUGUUUCAGACUUUCAGUUCUCUCACGUUUUAGAUUUUCAGUUCGUUUCACUUUCAGACUUCCAGUUCUUUGCUGUAAUUAAAAUUUUCACAUCAACCAAUGCCACUAGCUUAGAGGUGUUGGCCAUAAACGGCAACAAUUUUGGUGGACUCUUGCCUGAAUGCAUCAGUAACUUGUCAACUACUCUUAGAAGAUUGUUCGUAGGUGAAAAUAAUAUAGUUGGAACGACUCCAAGUGGGAUUUUGAAUCCCAUCAACUUAGAAGAACUCAGCAUGUGGAAUAACAGAUUUUCAGGUAAAAUUCCCUCUGAUAUUGGAAAGCUUCAAAGACUACAAUCAAUGCGUCUUCACAUAAACAACCUCUCUGGCAAAAUCCCGCACUCUCUUGGAAAUCUGAGUAUGUUACUCAAACUAUAUUUAGGGGAUAAUAAUCUUCAAGGAAACAUACCUUCAAGUCUAGGAAACUGCCAAUCUUUGCUCAUCCUAAAUCUUUCUACUAACAAUCUCAGUGGUACCAUACCUCCCCAGGUCUUUGGUCUCUCAUCCUUGUCAAAUAUUGGUCUUUAUUUGUCUAGUAACCAUUUCACCGGUCCCCUUCACAUGGAAGUUGGAAAUCUAAAAAAUCUCGGUGAAUUUGAUAUUUCAAAAAACAUGUUAACCGGUGAAAUUCCAGGGAGUCUUGGAAGUUGUGUUAGCUUGGAGUCUUUAUACAUGCAAGGAAACUUCUUACAAGUGACCAUUCCAUCAAGUUUUGGUUCUUUGAGAGGACUAAAGGAAUUAGAUCUUUUUCGAAACAAUUUAUUAGGAAAAAAUCCAGAUUUUUUGUGUGUUUCAACUCACUGCAACUUUUGA